UAGAUCAAAAAGGCAGUGUUUUGUAGAUGCUCAAUUUAACCUCAAUUUAAUUUCUAAUAGAAAUUGAUGUUUUGCUAACUUAUUUAACUGUGUCGUAAAACAUUUAAUCCCUAAACAUCUAUAUUAUUUUUGUUUAGAAGGAAAAUGGCCCUUCGAGGACCUCCACCAGAAACCGAAGAUCAAUUACGUCUGAGGUUUCAAGUAGAACUUGAAUUUGUUCAGUGCUUGGCUAAUCCCAAUUACCUCAAUUAUUUAGCUCAGAGAGGUUACUUCAAGGAUGCAAAUUUCAUCAACUAUCUCAAGUAUCUACUGUAUUGGAAGGAUGCCGAAUAUGCUCGAUAUCUCAAGUACCCAAUGUGUCUCUACUUCCUCGAUCUGCUUCAGUACGAGCACUUCCGCCGCGAACUGGUCAACGCCCACUGUUCCAAGUUCAUAGACGAACAACAGGUUUUGCUAUGGCAGCAUUAUACGCGCCGACGAACGCGGCUGCUACAGAACAGAGCCGACGCCCUGCAGAAUCACUGCAACGCCAGUGGCGGCAUGCCCACAGGUGCCGCCACCAACAAUCUGAACGCCAGUAGCGCCACGCCGCCCAGUAACAGUACCCCCAACAGUAACAGCAACUCGGCUACUGUGCCCGUGUCCAUCAGUAACAACAUCGGCGGUGCCAACAGUACAAACAACAAUGGCAUUGACAUUGGUGCUGUACGGAUUAAGACUGAGUGAUCACACGUUAUGUGAAAAGUCCAAGUAUUAUAAAAUUAGAUAGGCAAUUUGUGGCGAAAUGUGUAUGUGACAAAACCCCACAUGGUGUAGCAUAUGGUAUGAGAUACCAGGUAUCCCAGUUAUUUGUUGAACUAUUGGUAAGAUACUUCAUGAAACGUCUAAUUUUCAAAUUGCUUGAGUGUACCAAUAUCAAUGACAUUUGUGCUGGAUGGUUGAGGAUAGAGUUAUCAAACGUAAUAUAGAAGUGCUAAUAUUUUAAGAUUUAAUGGGGAUUGUGAGGCUUGUGACGAAGCUGUGUAAUAUAUUAUAUUAAUAGGACUUGGUUUUCAGUUGUAUGAUUGGUUAUUGAUACUAAAUACAAUUUCUAGUUAUAUGAUUGAAAUUGAAUGACAGUUCCAAUAACAAUCACAUUGACAUUGUCCUGGACACUGUAAAAUGGACACAGUGAUUAAAUUUGGUAUAAGAAAGAUCUACGACCAAUUUUACAAAAAUCCAAUCCAAUCACAGUCAACCGCCGUAAAAUGUAUUAAUCUAAUAAACAUCCACUAAUCACAAAUCUCAUGUCAGUGUUAAGUCGUCAUUUCAAGAUGAUGAAAUUCAAUUGGACUCUUUCGUGUACUGAAUCCUAAAGUUGAGAAAGUAUCUACAGUUUUAUAUUGAAAAACUGUACCAAUAACAAGGGCAUUGACAUUUUCACUGACCGAUUGAAUACAGUUUUAUCAAACUUUGAAUAUAAGAGUUCCAUACCCGGUCUAUUAGUUUUAACCGCUGUAGAUGAUGAAACUAAUGAACAAAUAUGUGACAGCAAUAAGAUUGUGUCAUUGUAUGUUGGUUAAAUCAGAUUGGAUCUCCGUGCGACUAAUCCUUAGUGUGAUGCGAUUUGAGGAGCUGUGAGCCUUCUGAUGAAACUCUUAUUUUGUAAUGUUUGCUGGUUAGGGACCAGGUUCUCCAGUUGUUCGCUUAGUCUUUGGUAAGUUACAUUUAUUUCAUCUUUUGUUCUAUUCAUAAAUCACAAAUCUUCUAGUGACUUUAAUGUUCAGUUAGCAGAGUAGCUCAUGUCAUAACAGUAAGAAAUAUAAAAUUCAAAUAUUGUCAAAUAGUCAUUCAUCUUCCAAGCUCAAACUCUCUCUCAAAAUAUUUUUAUAAGUUAUAUCUUAAACUGAAUAAAUCCUGUUUUCUGGGA